UUUAAAAUGACCCAAACGGUACGUUUCUUUCGGAGAAGCUAAGCUAGCUCUAAACCCAAAAGCUCUCUUACGCUGAAACCCUAAAACCCCAUUUUCACCCACACAUGCGUGGAUCUUUCCUCUCCUUUUUCUUCGAAACCCUAAUCUUCGCCCCCGCUUAUAUUAUUCAUCGAUCCUUCGUCCCCCAAAACACUCAAUAGCACUCUCCCCCUCUUUCCUCUGAUUAUCGCUUCACAAUUCUCCACCCGCGUUUCUGUUAUCAUCUGCAGGGCUAUAUUAUUAUUGAAAUUUUGUGAAGUGCUUGCUUGAAGUGCGUUAAGUUGUCGUAUAAUGGCUUCUUCCUUGGAUAUGUCACUUGAUGAUAGAAUAAAGAACAGAAGUAACAGAGGAGGUAGAGGUAGAGGAGGACGUGGCAGGGUCCAGUCUGGUCGUGGGCCUAGCGGUGCUCUUAAUGGAGGAAGAAUGGCCGGUGCUGUUAAUAGUAGAAGAAUUACUGGUGCCGGUAAUGGUGGAAGAACAUCUGGUGCUGUUCGUAGAGGUCCUCUUAUGGUUAACACUCGACCAUCAUCAUAUGCUAUUGCCAAGUCUAUUCGCAGAACUAGGCCUUUUCCAUGGCAGCAUGAUUUGUUUGAAGAUAGCUUAAGAGCUGCAGGGAUUCAAGGAGUAGAAGUUGGCACUAAGUUAUAUGUUUCCAACUUGGACCAUGGAGUGACCAAUGAAGACAUAAGGGAACUUUUCUCUGAGCUUGGAGAGUUGAAGCGUUAUGCUGUUCAUUAUGACAAAAAUGGACACCCAAGUGGUUCGGCCGAAGUUGUGUAUACUAGAAGAAGUGAUGCAUUUGCUGCUCUUAAACGAUAUAAUAAUGUGCUUUUGGAUGGAAAGCCCAUGAAGAUUGAGAUUGUUGGUUCCAAUGCAGAAUUGCCCGUAAGUGCUCGGGUGAAUGUUACUGGGGUGAAUGGACGUAGGAAGAGGACUGUUGUAAUGACGCCUAGAGGUGGACCAGCUGGAGGUCGUGCUAUUCCUAAUCGUGGUGCUGGUUGGGGACGUCGUGGUGGCACAAGGAGUGGCAAUGGUAGGGGUCGAGGUGCUGGAGGUCGUGGUCGUGGCAAUGGUCGCGGUGGAGGGCGAGGCCGUGGUAGAAAAGACGGUGUUGAGAAGUCAGCAGAAGAACUUGACAAAGAACUGGAGACCUAUCACGCUGAGGCCAUGAACAUCUCUUGAUGUCGGAAUCCUCAGCUUAUUUUGUAUUAAGAUUUGGUUCCCUGUACAAAAGUUCGUUUCGUUUGGUGUUACUUUAAAUCUCUUGCUGCUCGGUGCUUUUAAACAUGCCAUCUGAUUUCACACCUCAUUUAAGUCUUGUUAGAGAGGCCGCGAAUGAUCAACCUAGGGAUUUUGAAGUUCAGUUAUAGAUUUUAGUUUGAUUUGCGUAUAUUUUUAUAUAUUAUUGCAGCUGCAAAUUUCAAAUGUUUUCACA